AAUAGUCUCGCAUCAUCAAUCCUUCGCCAUGUCGACCGGUACUUCAGCUUCCGAGCCUGCGGGCUCGAUCCGAAAGUCGUAUUCCUUCUUUCGGUCCGUUCCUUUCCAGAUCAUUGUCGCCAGUGGUGUGUCAUUCACUGCCCCGGGCAUGUGGGAUGCGUUGGGUGGCCUUGGCGCUGGUGGUGCUGCUAAGCCAUUUGCUGUAUCUGCAGCCAACGCAUUGCUCUAUGGACUGUUCGCCGUCUUCUGUGCAGCGGCUGGUGCCAUCAACAACCGCAUUGGCCUGAAAUAUGGUCUUGCAUUGGGUGCAAUUGGCUACCCAUUGUACGGCGCCGGUCUCUACACCAACAACGUCAGCUCCAACACCUGGUUCCUUCUCUUCGGCAGCGCGCUAUGUGGUGUCUCAGCAGGUUUCUUCUGGGCUGCCGAGGCUGCCAUUAUUAUCGGAUACCCCUCGCCCAAAGACCGUGCCUUCUUCCUUGCUAUCUGGCAGACUGCUAAGGCUUCUGGACCCAUCGUGGGUGGCGCUAUCAACUUGGGAUUGAACGCCAACCGUAAGACGGCAGGCUCCGUCUCUUCCUCGACAUACAUCGUCUUCAUCGUCCUUAUGUGCCUUGGUCUUCCGAUUGCACUGUGUCUCUCUCCCGCAAGCAAAGUCUGGCGUAAGGAUGGUACGAAGGUCGUCACCUCAAAAGCCCCUACGUGGUUGGGCGAGUUCAAGGCUGUCGGAAAAUUGUUCGUCAGCCGCAGGAUCCUUCUUUUGCUCCCUGCCUUCUUCAUCAGCUACUUCUACAACGGCUUCAUGAGCACAUGGUUGACAACCUACUUCACGGUCCGCUCCCGCGCUUUCUCCUCGUUCUUCACCAACUUCUCCGGAAUCUUCAGCUCCUUCAUCAUCGCCUACCUCCUGGACAACCAGAAGAUCCACAUCAAGACCCGUGCCCGCGUCGCUUUCAUCUCCAUUGUCACCAUCCUCAUCGGCACCUGGAUCUGGGCCACCAUCCUGCAGAAGCAGUUCUACGAUGCUGCCGAGGCCCCCGUUUUCGAUUGGUUCCAGGGCGGUUUCGGAAAGAGCUACGCUCUCGUUUUCUUCUGGCAGUUUGGUGGACAGGCGUUCCAGCAGUUCCUGUACUGGCUCGUUGGACAGUACGCAACCGAUCUCUCCAACUUGAGCCAUCUCACUGGUAUCUUGCGAGGUGUUGAGGCGCUUGGACAGACUGUGGCUUGGGCUAUGCAGUCUGAGGGCAACGCAAACCAUUUCGUCAGCAUUGGCCUCAACUUCGGCAUCACUGUCCUCUGCAUCUUCCCCACCUGGAUCAUCCUUUCCGAGCUCGAGAAGAGCCACGAGGUGUACGUCACCGAGGAGCAGGUCGUUGCUGACCAGAAGUUGGACAACGAGGCUCAGUAGAUGCAUCAAUCCGAAUAUCCGCUUUGAUGCGAACAACAAAAUAAAACAAAAGUAAUUGAAGGAUAGAGUAAUGCACAGAAGAGAUAGACAAAAACGGAGAUACCCACAUUGAAUAGAAUAG